CAUCACUGUGCAAGAUAUCCCUAUAUCACCCAUUACAUAAUACGAUGUAAUGGCUCAUUAGCGUGAAUCAGAGAAAAUGGAAGUAUUAACGUUUCCCCUUCACGACUAGACGCUGAUCUGUAAUGAGAAAUUUGAUUGUUGACGAGGACACGUGUCGGAGGAGUGAUGUUGCUAGACGCGACAGCGCUGGCGGUUCUUCCAGCGACAACGUUCGCACUGCACGUCGUCGGUGCGAGAUCGUGGACCUGCGACGUGCGUUGCAGGGUAAAAUUAGUAGCAACGAGAUAUUUUGCGGCCUUGAAAUCGUCUCCGCGAGCAGACCCAGUGGAUUUUAUCAGAGACUGCUCGAGGAGAUGGGCAAAUAUUCGCCCUUGUUUUACGCGUUAACGUGGCACGAGGAAGCGCCUGCCGACACUGAGAACUAUCUACCUUUGAAUCUGCUGGAGAAUUUUCCGUCUAACACUCUGCUACAUUUAGCGGCAAAGAGUUUCAAGCGUGACGAAGUGAUUCGUAUCUCGAGGAAAGCUCUUGCCCUUGGAACAAUUAACAUUUUUGCGCUACGAGGAGAUUCCUUGUCAGAGGAUGGUGACUUCAAGCACGCAGCGGAUUUGGUCGCUUUUAUUAGAGAACAAUUCGGCGGCACGUUCUGCAUCUGCGUGGCGGGCUACCCGCAAAUGCACCCGGAAUCACCGUCGAGAGAGCUCGACUUGCUUUAUCUAAAAGCGAAAGUAGACGCGGGCGCCGAUUUCAUCAUAACUCAAAUCUGUUUCGAAUCUCAGGCUAUAAUAGACUUCGUGAACGACUGUCGAAAGAUCGGCAUACGAGUUCCAAUCGUCCUUGGAAUCUUCGUGCCGAUGAGUUACGAGUGUUUAGAGAGAAUGGCGAGCAUUUGCAAACUCGACGUUCCCGUCAAGAUAAAAGACGAUUUGUCACGAGUGAGGGAUAACGACGAGGCGGUGACAAAAUUUGCUGUCGAUUUGGCGAUGCAGAUAAUGACGGACGUAAUCAGAAGCGGGGUUACACGUGGCUUUCAUCUAUUUACGUUGAACAGAAUGUUCAAAUGUAUUGAAAAUGUAGAUGGCGUUCAGAAAGCACAGGAAAUACCAACUCAUAACCUAAUCUCUUUUUCGUUUCACUUUCACGUGGAGCACUGGCGAAUUACCAUACGCAAAUUGGCGACAAAUUAUUUUACGUGUUCAUAUAUAGUGUUCAUUUUGCAAGUGUUCAUGUUUGAAAUAUAUACUAUAUGUAUAUAAAUUAUAUUUAUUUUUCCAUCAUUGAUCAGUUAGAUGCAAAUACAUAUGUUGAUAAAAAAAGAUAAAAAAUAACAUCAAAAUAUGUUUCAUCAUGUUAUAUAUAAGUCAUCCUAUACAUAAGUGUAAUAUACUAAUUUAGUUGUGAAUUUAUAUAUACAUAUAUUAUAAAUAAUCAAUUGCAAUCUAUCCUAUAUCAUAACUAUUUUUAUUACAUGUAUAUGAUAAAACAUAGUUUGUUGUUUUCAUUAAGGCUGCGUCCCAAAAUUCACUGUCAGUACUGGAAAUCUAUAGUUUAUAUCACGUAUACUAUAUAUUAUACUAUAUAAGUAUAUGUGACAUACACUAUAGAUUUUCAGUACUGACAGUGAAUUUUGGAAGAACGCAGCCUGAAUAUAAUUCAAUUGUAGAAUAUUCUGUAAAUGUUCUUUAGAUUGUACUAAACAGCUUCUAUGAAUAUUCUUGAAACAUGCUAAACAAUAUUCUUUGGAUCUAUCUAGAAUAUUUAAAUUGGUCUCAUUUCAACAUUUUAUGUAGAUUUAUGGAAUGUCUUCUAGUACAUUUUUAGAAUAUUCUUAAUAUUCUCGACGCAUAUUCAUUGACUGUUCACGGAAAGUGUUUGUGUUAUCUGGGAAUGUAAGAAAAA